AUGGCCCACUGCUGGGACCUCUUGCUGUGUGCGGCCUUGGCCCAGCUGGCAUCUCUGGGGACCUCCUUCCGCUUUGGCAGGGAAAGCACAGAUGACCUCAAAGCUCUGCGGGUCUCAAUUGCCAAAUAUCCUCCCGUGCGAGCCAUCCUGUCUGGCAGCCUCACCAUCCCCUGCCACAUCACCUACCUGCGGCCCCUGCCCACUGCCGAAACGGCCGGCCGCCGUGGCAUUCAGGGCACCCUCCGCAUAAAAUGGACUUUCCUUGCCAACGGCAGAGAAACCGAGAUCCUGGUGGCCCGGGGCCUCAAGGUGAAAGUCAGCGAGGUCUACCGCAACCGGGUCUUCCUCCCCUUCUACCCAGACUCACCCACAGAUGCCACCCUGGUCCUGAGCGAGCUGCGCUCCAACGACUCCGGGCUGUACCGCUGCGACGUUCAACAUGGGAUUGAAGAUGGGCAGGAUUUACUGGAGGUGAAGGUGAAGGGGGUCGUCUUCCAUUACCGGGGAGGCUCCUCCCGCUACGCCUACACCUUUCCCCAGGCCCAGGCCGCCUGCGCCCGGAUAGGGGCGGCGAUCGCGACCCCCGAGCAGCUCCACGCCGCCUACCUCGGCGGCUACGAGCGAUGCGACGCCGGCUGGAUCGCGGACCAGACGGUCAGGUACCCCAUUCAGACCCCUCGUGAAGCCUGCUAUGGGGACAUGAAUGGCUUUCCGGGCGUCCGCAACUACGGUGUAGUCGACCCGGAUGACACGUACGACGUCUACUGCUACGCCGAAGAACUGUAUGGAGACCUGUUUGUGGUGAGUUCCCCAAAGAAAUUCACUUGGGAGGAGGCCAAGGCUGAGUGUGAAGCUCUGGGGGUGGAGAUGGCCACCACUGGCCAGCUCUAUGCAGCCUGGAACCAAGGGCUGGACCACUGCAACCCAGGCUGGCUGGCAGACGGCAGCGUGCGCUACCCUAUUGUGACGCCACGGGAGAAGUGUGGAGGGAACGUGUCAGGGGUCAAAACCAUCUUCCUCUUCCGCAACCAGACAGGAUUUCCAGAUCCACAGAGCAAGUAUGACGUGUACUGCUUCAAAGAGGAGACCAGCCCUGAAUCCCCGGCCCCCGAGGCAGAGGGCAGCCAGGAGAUUGUGACGGUGACCCAGAGGAUGGAGGAGCUGCAGCUGUCCAAGGGGGAGCCCGAGGGGACCAAGGAGUCCAGGGGGGCCAUUUAUUCAGUGCCCCUCUUCCAGGAACCCCUUGAGGUGCCAGAGGAGCCAAGAGAAGCCUUUGAGGGGGCAGCCACCACAAGGCCCGAGGAGGUUGGCCCAGAUGGUUGUGACGGGGGGAGCAACGAAGAAGAGGGGGAAGAAGGAGGCGGCAACUGUGCCAGGAUACGUGGGCCUGGGGCGGAGCCAGAGCCGGAGCCGGAGCCGGAGCCUGAUGUGAAGGGGCUGCCAAGCGCCCAGGAGGGCCCUGCGCUGGAUUGGGGGCCGCAGAGGGAAGGGGAGCCAGAGGUCUCCGAGGCAGCUCCGGAGGAGGGGGAGACUGAGGAUGGGGAGGCAGCGGGGGGCAAAACCUCUCCCGGCCUCAACCAGUCCCAGGAUGAGAACGAGGAGCUCCACAGCCUCCACAGCCCGGCAGAGCCCUCCCCGGAGGCUGGAGGAAUGGGGCACGAAGCGACCAGCUCCCCUGACAGCCCAGAGGGAGAGGGAGUGGGUGACAUGCGAGAAGGUCUGCCCCCAGAGAGUGUCCUGGGAAGGAUGGCUUCCCCUUCAGAGCAGGUGACGCCUGGUAAAUCUGAAGAUGCUGGGAUGGACACCGAAAGCGGCCCUGUUUCCAGGCUGGCGGGCACUCGCCUCCCCAGCCCUCCUCCGGGACCCUGGGAGGCAGCACUGCUCCCAUCCUUGCGCCCAGCCAGCCAGGACGAAGAGAGCGGGGACCACUCGGGGUUCUCCUGGCCCCCACCUCCGAGGGCCUCCCCGGUUGCGACUUCCAGUCCCUUGGGCAAGGCCGUAGCUGCCCCAACACCUUUCGUGGGCUCUGGAGAGGAGCCGGAGGCUGUGGGCCCUGCCGAGACUGAGGACAGGCCUUCUGCAGAAGACCCCUGGGCCGAAGCGUCGGAGGAGGACGGGGCGCCCACUCUGGUGACGAUGGAGCCAGCUGCCGGCGAGGAAGGGCACCCACGACCCGAGGAGGUGGUCCCUUCCGGAGGCCUUUUGGGCUUGGAUUUCUUCAGCACCCCGUUCCUGGAGGCCUCUUUGUCCACCACCCACCCUCUGCCAGCCCUGCCCACUGAGAGCGCCAGCCUUGGAGCAUCUGGCAGCGUGUCAGACACCUGCAUGCCAAACCCCUGUAGGAAUGGAGGGACUUGCACGGAAGGAAGUGGGCACCCAGGGUGUCUCUGCCUGCCAGGAUACGGAGGGGACGCCUGCGAAAUCAGCCUACAGAAGUGCCAGCCUGGCUGGGACAACUUCCAAGGAUUUUGCUACAAGCACUUUUCCACGCGGAGGAAUUGGGAAGAUGCCGAGACCCAGUGCAGAAACUAUGGGGGGCACUUAGCUAGCAUCAUGACUCCCGAGGAGCAGAGCUUCGUCAACAAUCAAUACAAGGAAUACCAGUGGAUUGGCCUGAAUGAUCGGACAAUUGAAGGGGACUUUCAGUGGUCUGAUGGGAGUCCUCUGCUGUAUGAGAACUGGCAUCGUGGACAGCCUGACAGCCAUUUCCUCUAUGGGGAGAACUGUGUGGGCAUUUCCUGGCGAAAGGACGGGAAGUGGAGUGACGUGCCCUGUGGCUACCAUCUGCCCUUCACCUGCAAAAUGGGGCUGGUCUCUUGCAGCUCACCCCCCCGAGUGGCAGAUGCGCAAGCAUUUGGCAAACCGAAGCAGCGUUACGAAAUCAAUUCCGUCCUCCGAUACUGGUGCCCAGCAGGCUUUCUUCAGCGCCACUCUCCGCUCAUUCGGUGCCAGGAGAAUGGGCAGUGGGAGCACCCACAGUUCACCUGCAGCCCCGGGGAGUCUUAGAGGCUGGU